CCUCUCUCCCCCUCUCUAUUCUCUACUCUCCGCCCAUCUGAUUUUCCUCCCAUAAACUAGAUGACAUAGUGUAGAGAGCUGCCAGAGAACCUUCUCGCCUGUUGGACUCACAGCCUUUCUCCCAGCCUCCUCACCAGACUGUCUGUGACCUCCAGAGCAGAAUCUACCCAUCCAUCUAUCCAUUAAUCCAUCCACUACGCUGGAACAGCUCAGCUCCACCAGACCCCUGGGCACCGGGACCACUCCUGUCACCUCCACCACCUCCCUCCAUCACCCACCCCACCACUACACUAUCAUCUGCACCACCUCUCUGUCCAUCUGUCCUGCACUAACCUCCGGCCACCACUAGAGUGCACUCUCGCCCCUUCACUCCCUCUCACUGCCCAGCACCGAGCCCCAGCAUGGAGAAGGUGCAGCACACGAUGCGCUCUGCCAUCCGCAGGGCCUCUAUGGUGGUGGAUGUGCCCCCCCAGGCCAAGCAGAACUUGCAGGAGCUCUUUGUCAACUUCAGCCUCAUCCUCAUCUGCCUGCUGCUCAUCUACAUCAUCGUGUUGUUGAUACCUCUGUAGCUGAACCAACGACCACCACAGCACAGCGAGGGCUAAGCAGAGGGAUGUAACGAUCCAUCAAACCAUCUCCAUCACUGGUCUUCCUGAGGACACCUCCAGAAUUACCCUCUUCACUGAAGAGCUUUGCCCAGAAUUGAUCACUCUGCGUGGGGCAUUUGCAGCCUCAACCCAGCCUCUCCAUGUCGAGUGAAACCAUGGACCUGGUCAACAACCGCGGUCUCAACCUGAUGCUCAACUUCCUCCUCAUCGUCAUCAUGCUGCUCCUCAUGCUUGUCCUGGUCAAACUCAUGUAACCUCUGACCUCUGACAUACAGUAUGACCUUAUGGCAUAGGUUGAGCAAUUCCAGUCCCCAAGGGCCACAGGGUCUGAUGGGAGUCCCUCUAGCUCUGAUUUGGUCAUAUAAAUACACCAUGGCUUCAACUAAUUAUUAUUCAACAGUUUACAUCAAAAAUCACUGAAUAAAGGCCUGUUGGAGGCUGUUGGAGUAGAACUAAACAUUGUGAGCUUCUGGAGAGUAGAAAAGAGUUUGGGAUUCCAUGAGAUCGUUACAUGGGAUGGCAAGAUUCAAAAUAUGAAUUAACAGGAGGAUGAAACUCCAUCCACCGAUGGUAAAGAAAUUAAAUAAAGUUGACAUGGCAUGAUCAAUAGAACGCCCUCCUUUACGUUUAGUUUACCACCCUCUAGUGGUAGAAUCACCAAACUGCACCACAUCUACUUCUGGCCAGGGCACUGAACACAGAGAUAAAUCCAUGCUCUCUGAUCCUUAUUGUAGAGUUGUGGUUUAUAUGAGCCAUAGAGAACAAUCAUUUCAAAGCUUAACGCUCACAGUCACCGACUAUUCAAAGCUAUUAGGACCAAAGCACAUGUCACAACUGACAACUGAAAUGUAACUGAAAAUGAUUAAAGCCAUACACCGUCCUUUGCUGUGUGAUAUGAGUUCUUUAUGUAACUGUUGAGUGAAGCCUAUAGGUUCCUUCCUUUUUGGAGACUCAGGUUGCUCUUAAACUAGUAGUUGAUAAAUACAACAGAUUCUUGACUCAAUAAAAAUGGGUACGUACAGCCUAAGCCUGUCAACUUUUCAGUGAGAUAUAUAAUGUUGUUGCUACAAUAUCCUAACAUAACUGUGUGCUGUAGUGCAAAUGUUUUCGUGUUCAGUAGUAGUAGUUGAUUCGUUUGUUUUGGCAGAGUACUGAAUAGCUACAGAGUAAAUACAGCAAACACCUCCAGCUAAACACAGAGAAGCUCUCUACAGUCUGAAGAUGAAACAUGCAUGACUACUGCAGAACUGUUGUAGUGUUGUCUAUCUGCAAGCGCCACUUCACACGUUCUUAUGUCGCACAGCAUUUUGUAAUGAAUGUUAUAAAACAAAGAUAAAAUACACAAACUGUAAA